AUGGACAACGAGGAGAUUCUUGAUUUUCUUCGUCAGCCAGCGGCUCUGCUUCCUAUCUCGCAACACAAGCAGAGUAUCCUGUACGCGAUUGAGACGACUCACUUUACCAUCAUAGUCGGUGAGACUGGUAGCGGUAAGACGACGCAGAUCCCGCAAUUCCUCCAACAAGCAGGUUGGUGUAAAGAUGGCAAGGCUAUCGCCAUCACGCAGCCACGACGUGUGGCAGUAACCUCGGUGGCCGCCCGUGUUGCGCAGGAAAUGCGGUGUACCGUUGGAGAGGUAGUGGGUUAUUCUAUUCGCUUCGAAGAUGUAACGUCCUCUCGUACGAAGAUCAAGUUCCUGACAGAUGGUAUGCUGCUACGAGAAGCGCUCGUCGACCCAUUGCUUUCCCGCUAUUCUGUCAUCAUGGUCGAUGAGGCUCAUGAAAGGUCACUCAGCUCCGAUAUACUCCUUGGACUACUCAAGAAGAUCAAGAAGCGUCGACCAGAACUCCGUGUCAUCAUUAGCAGCGCAACUCUCGAUGCAGAAAGAGUGGCAGCCUUCUUCCAGGAUAAUGAUGAUGAUGCUGACUCCACCGACAACAACGCUACCAUCUCCCAAUGCCGCAUAAUCAGCAUUGAAGGACGCACCCACCCCGUGGACAUUAUGUACUCAAAUGUUGCUGCUGAGAACUAUGUCGAUACAGCGGUCGAGACUGCUUUUCAUAUCCACAGCCAGGAGCCUCUUUCAGGUGACAUUCUGAUGUUCCUCACUGGGCGCGAAGAGAUCCAUGAUGCUGUUCAAAAGCUGUCAGAGCGAGCGGCGACCCUUUCCGCAAGCGCUCAGGCUCUCCAGCCUCUGCCGCUCUAUGCCGGCCUGACCACGGCCGAGCAGAUGUACAUCUUCUCCCCGGCAGCAGAGAACACGAGAAAGUGCAUCGUCUCUACCAACAUCGCCGAAGCCUCUGUUACUGUGCCUGGCAUUGUCCAUGUCAUCGAUUGUGGGUUUGUCAAACUUCGUGCCUACUCUCCUACCACCGGCAUUGACGCUCUGGCAAUCACUCCAGUAUCGCAAGCAAGCGCAACCCAGCGAGCCGGUCGUGCUGGCAGGACGAAGCCUGGCAAAUGCUAUCGAUUGUAUACACAAUCAGCAUUUGCAGCCUUGUCAGAGACUACGCCCCCAGAGAUACAGCGCUCAAACUUGGCUCCGUUAGUAUUGCAAUUGAAAGCACUCGGCAUCGACAACAUUAUCCGCUUCCCGUUUCUCUCUCCACCUCCAGCGCAACUGUUGGUCCGUGCCUUUGAGCUACUAUACUCUCUUGGUGCUGUGGACGACUACGCGAAACUUACCUCUCCUCUUGGUUCCCGAAUGGCUGAACUUGCAGUUCCUCCGAUGAUGGCAAAAUGUUUGCUCUCGGCCAAUACAAAGACAUUUAACUGCUUGUCCGAGAUGCUUAGCAUUGCAGCUAUGACGUCUUUGCAGGGCAAUGUCUGGUUUCAUCACGAGGGCCAGAAGAAAGCAAUGGAAGCAUCGAGGCGCAAAUUUGCUGCAGAAGAAGGCGAUCACUUGACAUUACUCAACGUCUUCCAAGCCUUCGUGACGAAGGGCAAGAAGGAGGCAAAGUGGUGCCGGGACCAUCAUCUGAACCACAAAUCGCUCUCGCGAGCAGUUAGUAUUCGAGCACAACUCAGACGAUACCUUGAGAGGUUGGGCAUAAAAAUUGACGACUCAGGACCUGCACACCAGGCCAAAACCAACGGUGCUGAGAAAGCGACCGCUGUUCUGAAGUGUCUUACAAGCGGUUUCUUCAGUCAGGCGGCAAAGAUGCAACCAGAUGGGAGCUUCAGGUCCGCUGCUGGGAACGUCACUCUGUAUGCCCACCCAACCUCCCUCAUGUUCAAUCGCAAAGCCGAGUACGUCAUCUUCCACGAGCUUCUCGAGACAGGAGAGAAAAUCUAUAUCAAAGACCUCAGCAAGAUUGAAAGGCCAUGGCUUGUUGAAUACGGACAUGGUUACUACACCGCCUGA